AUGUCAGUCAGUGUGGAUGGAUUCAAGUCUAGUCUUGCCUUUUCUCAGUUAAAAGUUGGAAUUGAUGGUCUUUCUGCUACUGAGAAGCAAGCAAUGGUUAAGCAGACUGGUGCUGUCUUUGAGUUUCUAGUCAAGAAUGCUGCUGGUGCUCAACAAGCAUGGACACUGGACUUGAAGAAUCAAGCUGGACUGACUCUUGAAAAGGGUGAAGUGACCAAGGAAGCAGGUGCCAAGCCAGACAUUACUAUUUCUGUCAAGGACGAAGACUUUGUGGCACUUGCUCAAGGCAAACUCAAUGGUCAAAAGGCAUUCAUGUCUGGCAAGAUCAAAGUCAAGGGAGCAGUCAUGCUUGCCACCAGUAAGUACAAUUAA